CUCUCGAUGAAAAUGCAGUCCAAUAAUUUAGCUUAGUCCGCACUUUGACAGCAGCCUCGUUAGAUGGAAACCAAUAUCACCCUGUGGCAGUUCUUACUGGAAAUACUACGCAAUGAAGACUACGGGGACAUCAUCCGGUGGACCAACAGUGAGGGGGAGUUCAAGCUGGUGAAUGCAGAAGAGGUGGCUCGGAUGUGGGGCCUUCGGAAGAACAAGAGCAACAUGAACUACGACAAACUGAGCCGUGCACUCCGAUACUACUAUGAUAAGAAUAUCAUCAGGAAAGUCCUGGGCCAGAAGUUUGUCUAUAGGUUUGUGUCCAUACCAGCAUUUGUGAAACUAAAAUCGUCUGAGACCAGUUUGUGUGAUCUGGUAGCGGGCAGUAAAGACUUCCUCUACCACAUCAAAUCCAAAGCAAAUGUGCGAGAAUCAUUCGCAAGCUCCCAUGCGUAUGACUCUCAUAUCUAUUGGCAGCCUGCUCGCUCGGCAGCUGAGUAUUACGACUUUUCCCUGUGCAAGGAAUCCCAUAGGAGUCAGUCCAAGUCUGAAGGCACUUCAAGCUCUGUCAAGCCGGCUAAGACUGCAUGGAACUCACAAGAGCAAGAUAACAUUGGACACUUUCCAGCUGCUUCACCUUUUGUGUACUUUCCCCUGCAUCUGCCAGUCUGUUAUUUCUCUAACUGUUAGACAACUUUAAACCUGCUUUGUCUCACUCGCUGUGCUCCAAACCAAGGAAAUGUAAUUUAAUCUAGUCUGGUAUUAUCUUGAGUCCUAGAAUUAUAAGCUAUUGUAUUUAUUCUUGUAUCAGGAUAAGUGACAUACAUAUAAAAUGUACAGUAUAAAUAUGUGUGUGGCCGAUACAAAUGUUAAAGUUAUUGAUAUAUAGAUGUAUUAUUCAAUAAAUAAUAUGGAACCAAAA